UGCGCCGUCGAUCUGGAUACGUCGGAACCCACCGACUGCCUGACCCAAGAAGCUCGUGAUUUCUGCGAGAAGGUCGGCAGCAAGGCCACCAAGGCGUCCGAGAUCGUGAGGGAGCGCGAUCCGGCCGUGUACCGGGCCAUCCGGGAAGGCAUCGACCGCGUGAACGCACGUGCCGUCGCCAACGUCCAACGCGUUCAGAAAUGGGCUGUCUUGGAAAAGGAUUUUUCCAUUGCCGGUGGAGAAUUCGGGCCUACCAUGAAACUGAGGCGGCAAGCCGUGAUGGAGAAGUAUCGAGACGACAUCGAGGCCUUUUACAGAGACUGACGUUGGGCCUGUUUCCGGAAGCUUCUGCGCAACGUAAAACCAACACAAGCUUCCUUCAAAACAUCACUGCGCUGUUCGGGACGGGCGGAUCUACUCAGCUGUCUUUCUUUAUAGUUUUCAGAAUUUUGCCACGCGCGACAAUUUUACCCAUCUCCUCUAUCUGGUUCGGCCAGCGUAGUAUAGCGUCUAGAAUUUAGACUAGUACCGGCGGAGACCCUCAUUCAAAUCUCUGCUCUGUCACUGAGUGACCGGGAUUUCCCUUGUCGUUACCUAGCUCGGCCGUUUACCGCAGGGUGAUAAGAACACCGUCCGAGUUUGAUAUUUUACUUAAACAAGGUUGUUGGGUUUUUUUCCAGGGGUCAUUUCGUAGAAAAAGAGCUAGG